AUGACGCCUAACGUUGUGUUUACAUCUUUGAUCCUCUAUCUAGGCCAAGUCAUAUGUGAGACUGUCAGACUUUCACCAGCAUCCCCAAGUUUUUCGAUCCACGGCGACGAGUUCAAACGAACGUCCGUCGCCCUAAAAAUUGAUGAUUGUCCCGGGUGCACGGUACAAAUAUCGGUUGGCAUCCACCACACCAUGGGAGGUGACGACGGUUUCCCAUUGACGCUUGACAAAACUACGCCCGACACCUAUGAACUCGUGACACGCGGAGGUGCAACCGGCCCAAGAAAUUAUACACUCUACAUUUGCAAGGAUAUUGUUGAAGGCGGGGAAUGGGGUGUGCACCCGGCAAAAACAGAGUCGAGUUUUGCGGUAGUGAUGUUGCUAUCGAGUCAUCAAGACUUUAACAUUCGUCCUUUCGGCCUCUUUGACUUCAACUUCCCCGACAAUUACCUCGGUUUUCAAACCGGAAUCGAUGAUACCGGCCAAAACUUUUCCAUUAGUGUACUCCUUGCACCAACAGGGCGCUGGAUCUAUACGCAAGCAUUUAGUUAUGUGCGUCAACUUCUG